UGCUCCCGUGCGCGAAUACGGGCCGUCUCCAGGAGAAGUCGUUUGGUUCGUUGACUUGGAAAUUCUUACAAUUAGUGGCGAUAGCGAACGUGCGCUUGCAAUUUGUUUCCUUCUCGGGUCGGCGAGCGAUCCGACAAGGCGCUUAAUUUCCCAUCGACGAAGUCUUAAUCCGCGAGCUGAAAUAUUUGCUUAGUUUCGAGUAAACAAAGCGAAUCUUGUUCUCCAUCUCGGCAUGGAUGGUUCGCGUAAAUUGCGCAAACUCGGCUGGCGCGGGUUGCCGCUCGUAAAUAUUGCGCAAGUAUAGCCGACGGCUAAUCGCGAAACAAGCGCGACAAAAUUUAAACGAUAGAAAGUUAAAUGGUUUACACGUGCAUUACGAAUGUAUAUACCGAAUAAGAAUCUGUACACGUAUGUAUCUGUAUGUACCUGUAGACACGUCCGCGGUUUGUACACGUAGCAGAAGAAGCGCAACCAGUGCCACGCGCGAUAUUUUAUUUCUUUUCCCUUCGGGCCUUUUUUUCACGAUAUUUCUAACGCGAUAAAAAUUAAUUAGAAGCUGUAUCAUAAUAACAGUAAUAAAAUAAUACAAGUAAGUCGAGACAAUAGAAGGCCGCGGAGUCUGCAAUCCCAACGAAGGUCAUCGCGUCGCGUGGAAAACGUAACGCGUCCAAUCGCCGUCGGUCCGCUGUGAAAAAUUUAUUCGAAGCCUAAGGUCGCGUGAGUACGUCCGUUCCAUCGACGGAAGAGUUUCGCGUGAUUUUCGCUACGAUCGAUGUUACAUUAAAAGGGCGCGGUUGCGUGUAAUUUGAAAUGAAUUAAAAGGAAUUGCGGCGAAAUAAGAGCGAAAGAAGGUGGAACGGAGAAGAGGACAGCGCAGAGUAGGAGCCGAGAGUGCGAUGUUUCUCGUGGCGAGCAAGCGGAGAAAACAACGUGCAAAACUACUAAGGAUUGUACGCACCGCGAAAAGAACGACGAAUCGCGGCGAUCUGUUUUGUCGAAACAAAAGCGAUCGCACUUCUGCCAAGAUAGUCUGCGUUUCUCUAAACGCUUUCUUACGAUCGUACGCGUUCUUGCGAUCCUACGUUCUUACGUCUUUAAGCGUUCGUUCUCGAGCAACAGCGAUCCAAUCGGCGAGCCCCCCGCGCCCCGGCAAACGAUACAUCGCGAUCGAUCGACGCCGCACCGUAUCGGUUUCCCAUACAGUUGCUAGCCGAGAAUGCCGCGCAAUUUGUCGGAAGCCGACAGAAAGAAGAAUCAAUUCGACAAGGAAGAACGAGUUCAUCUAUUGGCUAUAAUGAAGCAGUACGCGCCUCUGUUGGACAAGAGCGCUUCUACCUUGGCCCGUAAAAAGAUUUGGACGACCAUCGAGGACGAGUUUAAGAAGGCCGGCUUUACUCGCAAAACGUCCGCUCAAUUGAAGAAAUAUUGGCAAAACUACAAGUAUCACUGCAAGAAGGCUAUGGCGUUUGGCAAGGAAAGUAAGAAGUGCGUAGAAUCGGAGACGACCGAGUGCCUCGAGUGGAACAGAUACCAAGUUUUCGUAGAGAAUCGGUCGCCGGCUAAGUUUUCGCAAAUUCCUGACGUUGUUCGAUCGUUGGCCGAUCAUUUGCAGAGGUCGCCGACGAAAUCAGGUGGCCGGUUUCGUGAGAAAUACGAAGACAACGCAGCCACCGCUCACCAUUCCAACAACCUGGAUGAUUUUAUUGAUCUGUCGCGAGUCAAAGUGGAGCGGAACGACGACCAAGCGUCCGACGAUUCCAAGGCGGAAGGCACGAACGCGUUGGAGAAUGUCAGCCUUAAGGAGGACAUCAAUUUGGAGGAGAGAAAGGAGAUCCUUGGGAACGAGGAUCGUCUGGUAGUAUCGACAUCGUCGUCGUUGUCCUCAUCGUCGUCGUCGUCGUCGUCGUCGUCGUCGUUGCUAUCGAGUAACGCGACGGAAUGCAAAACUAUGAAUCGGAUCGUGGUGUCGAACGCGCGUAUUUCCAACAACAGCGUCACCGUGUCGGUGAUUUAUCCCGAGAACGACAACUCGUACUUUCCCACAAACGCGAUCGACGGCACGGUGCAGGCAUCUGUGUCUUCCAGGCGGACAGCGGACGCUGUGUGGGACGAACAGCAGGCGCAGCAAGGCGACUGGUUAAAUUCGAGGAAAACGCGCGCCGCGAACGACGGUGCACGCGCCAUGCCAUUCGGCUACCACCACAAUUUAGCGGAAAGUAAGAACGAUCGAACGCGUUCGAAGGAAACGAGUGCAAACAGCGAGGUAUACGGUUCGUUGGAAUGCAACGCGAACGACGAUUCAUCGCGCGAUAAGAAAAUGGAAAAAUCGUCGAAGGAAGAUGGCGACGUGAUCGCGACGGAGAGCGACGAGAACGAGGUCGGUGGUGUCCGCGCGAGAAACUCGACAGCUCGAAGGGACCAGAGCUUCGGAAAGGGCUACGUGUUCCUCACGGAUUAUCGCAGUCGAUUGAAGCACCGGUUGCUUCUGCAACAGCUCGAAGCGGAGGAGAAACGGUUGAAGAUCAAAAUCGCGGAAAUGGCCAUUCAAGAGGUGCAGCUUAGGAUAAAAGCAUUGAGCGAGGAUAUGCGACGCACGGAGGAGUUGCAUCGGUUGCGUCUGGCGCGCACAGCAGCUGGAAAUCGGCAGACGUUCGAGUAGCCGAACCCGCGCGGCAUUGCUGAAAAGACAAGAAAAGGUGGUGGGUUCACGUGUGCUUCAAAUUAUUUUUAUUAAUCACCAUCAUUAUCGUGUGUUACGAUGUCGUGGUUAUUUAGAAAAAACGCCUGGGACCAUACAAAAUAACAAUGCGCUUAGAUUUUCGUGGUAACCGAGCAACCUAGCUAUAUAUAUCGAGGUCACGAUGUUCGUCUCGGUUGCUUCCGUCGUCCAUCCGUCGUACGACCGUCCGUAUCGUCGACGAACCAGCCGUGGAUCCUCGAUCAACCACGGAACACGGAUAACGUGUUAUCGCGUAACAACAACAUUUCUUCCGAUCCGAUCGUAACUGUCUGCCCCCUUUUCUGUGUUUCUCUACUCACCGCAGUCGCGAUCAUCGCAAACCCGCCGUCGCGUUUAUUUACAAUUUACAAGCAUGUCCGUUCGUUCCCUGCCACCUCGUAACUAACGAUUUUCCUCGUAUUUAGUGAUUGUUAAUAAUUAUCACAGAAAGUUCGUAAAACAAUGACCUUGACGUAUGUCGGCGUGUACGCGUGUCUCUGCUGUGUGUUUCGUGUUCUCGUGUGAAUGUCACGUGUGCCCGUGUAUUAUGUAUCCAUCGAGAAUCGUUUCUUUUUCGCAUUCUUCCUUUCCGCCGCGUAGUUUCUUCCCUUUUCUUUCUGUCUUCCUUCCUUCCUUCCUUUCUUUCAUUCGCGUUUGCUCGCCGAACGAGAGAGUAUACCGUACGCGUUCUAGACGGAGAAGUUUGUCACGUUGCUGAGUAAGUAGAGUAGAGUAACAAUAGAUUAGCGUUUAGUAUAUAACUAGCGAUAAUAGCGAUACGAGUAUAGUGGCACGCAUUAGAAUAGCCCUUUAAACUUUGCAGCAUUUCAAAAUAUCGAGUAACGCUAUAGUAGAAUAAUUCUUUUUAAUCGUACGCGCGAAGAAAUUGAUUUUCUUCUCAUUCGAGUCAUCGAACGAGCGAGCGAGAGAAAGAAAAAGAGAGAGAGAGAGAGGAGGGGAGAGGAACCGAUCGAUAGUUCAACUCUCUCGUAUUUUAUCCUAUUUUUGCGAAUCAUCGAACGUUGGAAAAGUGAUUUUUCCUUUGGCUCGAUACAACUGGUCGGAAAAACUUGUCGUUUCCCAAACCAAGGGCAGAACGUUGUAAACCUUAUAAAGCCGUUUUGAUUGUCGCGAUAAAGUUGCCCGUCGAAUGGAAUUCGAACUCGAUAUCCUAACAGCUGGUCCGCGUCCUACGACACGAACGAACACGACCGUGUUUCCAUCGCGUUCAUCGCAAUUUUCAAUAGCCACGUGAAAUGUUCUGUUCAAGAAGCCGGAGAACUCUCCUUCUCUCUCUCUCUCUCUCUUUUUCUCUCUGCGGAUUUACUAAUUCGUAAAAUAUUUAUAAAAACGAGCUUUCGCGACGAUAAACGCGCGAAAAGUAGUAGUAGUAGUAGUAGUAGUAGUAGAUAUAUCUUACGGAGGAAUGCGAAACUUCGAAGAAGAUGUUUCAACGCGCGUUACCACGUAUUUUUACUUCCUCUUUUCCCCUCGCUUCCUUGUGCUUCUUCCUCUCACCCCCCCCCUCUCUCUCUCUUCCUCAUUUUUCUCAAGUUUCGUCGUAUCACUCGUUUCGUACCACUGGCAAGUUAAAAGGAGGAGACUGUAGCUCGACGAAGCUUCGCUACACGAACUUUACACGGAAAGCAUCUACGAGUCUCAGCUAAGCAAAAAUCCUUUUCCUAUAAGGUCUUUUGGAAAUGUAAAAAUUACUCGAUCAAGCCAAUUACCAGUGCAUGAUUCGCCGGUACACGAACAAGUCGCCGUCCUGUCGAGCCACUUCUCCGAUGCACGCGCUGUUACAGCCGCGGCUUCGACAAUGCAUUUCGAGUAACCGGCAAACAUGCGAAACGAAUUUGCCGGUUCUUAUUCUUCGCACGGUUGCUUGUACGUCGGCUAUCAACGUGGCCGGAUCUUCACGUUCUACGACUGUGUAGCACGUCGGUGGAACGGUUGAUCGGAAAAGCUUGGGAAAAGCGAAACGGAACAAACCGGAGAAUAUUUCGAGGAAUAAGAAAUUGUCGCUGAACGAAGUACACGAAUAAUACGAAGAACGAAGCGUCGGUUAAAUCGCGACAGGAUUUUCGAAUAUACGCGUCGUCGAUUUCUGUCCGAUCCGAUCGAACAGGCUAACGAUCUCCGAUAAGAAAGAUGGUUAACGUUCGGUCGACGCGAGCAACGAGGAUAUCCGGAUCAAUCAUACGGAUGAAAGAACGCAAACGUUUCGCAAUCAUCGAAUUGAUAUAGUUGAGCCGACGACACAGCACGAGUUAACUUGCCAACGAUCGAUCGGCGUAUACGUACGAUAUGAUAGCACAGAGCCGGUGGUUCCCCUGUUCGGUGCACCUCGGUGUACCUCGAUUCGAUAAAUCUCUGCUUGCGAAGAUUUAUCGCUCCUUAUAAGCUUCUGCUUGUUUUAAGGUCGAUGGAAUAACGCGAGGAUCGCCGAAGUAGCGUUGAAACUCGAAACUGUACCGAUCUGCCGGUACAGCGAGCGCUGCUGCUGUUUACAUUUAUUCGUCGGUUAAAAAAUCUCUUGUCGACAGCGCUAACAUAGUUGUUCGAUUAUUGCUACCGUUUGACAAGGUUCGACGAGUUCGUUCAACAACCUCCGUUCGUUUUCUCGCGCGUUUCCUCCGAUCGUUCGUCCAACGAUCGAACCUUUGGAACCUUCGAUCGGAGAAACUCGGCGAUCAGCUGAGAUUCGCGCUGUCAUCGAUCGAAUCGUAGUUUCGAUUAAAAAGAAAAGGUGGUCGACGAGUUGCCGAACGUAGCACGCAUACAGGUAUGUCGCGUAGUCGUCGCAUGCGCGAAUCCACAUUCUACAAUCUACCGGUUUUCGUUAUAAAUGUAAACCGUUGUUCUUGUGCAUCGCACGUGGAACCGGUACGAUGCAUUGCGUGUAAUUUCCAAGGAACAAGAGUAAACGCUAAUUCUAUCUAAUAUCGUUUAAACUUUCUUUCUCGCUACGGAUCGUAAAGUAGAUGAGAAGGUUAGCUUCUAACAAGAACAACUUUGGUAAUACGAACGACAAACGGGACGGUCCUUGCCGCUUUGAUUUACCUGUUUUCGACGUUCUCGUAGCCUGGCAGUUGCUGCACGACAACUAGAAAAAAGCCUGUCAAAUGUCACGGCUAUUGGACUUUUUGGCAAAUACCAGCUACGUACGUCGUAUACGUUGCAUCACGCACGUCUUUGAAACGCGACAGACGUUCGCAAAAUAUUUCCCAUCUUGCACGCUCGCCGCUCUCCCCAUCGACAGACGCAGCUCGUAGGUUUGCAAGGGAAGGAGCCGAUCUACGGGAGAGUUUCGAAUUUUUGGCGCAAGCGAGAAGAAGCAGGAAGAGGAGAAAACACGUUCCUUCGCAAAUCCGCGCUUCCCCUGCUAUCCUCCUGCUAUUCGUUCGCCUCCUGGUUUUAUGUCGGUUAACAGGUUUUUAAGCCAAGCAGCGUACGUAACAACGGGAGAAAAGAGCAUCGAAUUGGUGAAUAUGUCGACACACAAUUUGGCAGAGACUUCUCAUUGACCCUCGAACGUACGUCGUACGUACUUAUUCACGAGAGAGUUUCGUUGCGAAAUAUUUGUUACACUCGAACGACUAGUGUUUCCCCAUAGAAAUAUAACACGAUCGACG